AUGUGUGCAAGCAGAGGCCACUCUGCAGCGUGUACCGAAUCAGCGCUUCGGUCUGAAGGUGGUGCCCCCUGCUGGAAAGCAUCGCGACCACGGCGGGCGCGGAUGGCGCCGCGGGCGCGCGCGCGCGCGAGCGUCGGGGGUAAUGAAAGUCGAAUGCCAGCCGUAGGCCUCGUCCGCUGCCGCUGCCGCUGCCAGCCAACCAGCCAGGCGCAGCCAGGUAGUUCGGCAAGGACGCAGGCCGACUUGUGUGAAAGAUCGCGAGUGCUGCGCAGAGCGACCUCUGUGUGUGGAUCCGUCUAUCAUUGUUCCCCGCGUGCGCCUGGCGGCGACCCGUUACCGAACAGGAACCGCCUUCCUCUCUCUCGCUCCUCGCUUCUAGCGGUACAACCAGAAAGCGGCGGCGUGACGUCACGGCACGGCAUUCUCACGCGUGUGCGUGUUGCUAGCGGGGGCCGUGGCGGCCGCGGGGAUGUGGGAACAGAAGAGAAAGAGAAAGAGAAAGGGAGUGGGACGCCAACGGAUCACCUGAUUGCCAACUCGCUUCGCUGUGAAUACAAUUUUGGGCCCGCCCCCUCCCCGAAAACUUAA